UCCAAAAUAUAUUUAAAAUUCCAAAUAACACAACAUCACCCUCUGAUUAUCGAUUUACACCCAGAUGUUUUAGUAGAGAAAAUAGAUGGAUUUUGAGUUGAGAAGUGCAAGAGAAAAGCUAGAGAAAGAACAGAAGGAGAGGAAAGAAAAAGCAAGAUUAAAACUUGAAAGAGAAAGAAAGGCUAAAGAAGAGGCUAAAAAACAACGUGAUGCAAUUGAAGCGGCUCAGAGAUCUCGAAGACUCGAUGCCAUUGAUGCCCAACUCAAGGCCGAACAAGAGGUGCAAGAAAAUUUGCUUGUUGGAGGAGGAAUUGCAUUUUAUCGUGUCUUAGAAGUUGUGCCUUACCGGGGUAGUGGAGAUAAGAUCAAAUUACCACCUUCAUGUUUCACUGAAUUGUCUGGCCAAGGUGCUUUUGACAAGGGUCCUCUGCAUUUCAAACUAUCAGUAGUUCAUCAAGAGGGUCCAUCAAAUACAGAGGAUAGUGAAAAUUGGAGGAGCACCCAUGCUGGUGUUUUGGAAUUCACUGCAGAUGAAGGUUUUGUUGGGCUUCCUUCUCAUGUAUGGAGCAACUUAUUCCCCACUGCGACUCCAAAGGCUUCAUUAGUUGAAGUUCGUUAUGUUCAAUUACCAAAAGGAACUUAUGCAAAACUCAAGCCUGAUGGGCUUGGGUUUUCAGAAUUACCCAGUCAAAAGGCAGUCCUUGAAACAAGCCUUCGCCAACAUGCCACUCUUUCCCAGGGUGAUGUCCUUACAGUCAAUUAUGGAGCACUGGAAUACAAGUUACAAGUUCUUGAUUUGAAGCCCUCUUCAAGCAUAUCUGUUCUAGAAACUGAUAUUGAGGUUGAUAUAGUAAAUCCUGAUGCGAAAUCAGAGGGGGGAAAUCAAUAUGUACUGAAGCCACUUGUAUUUGGAAAGUCAGAAUCUGGAAUGGUUGAUGAAGGGAACUAUCUAUAUUACAAGUUCUCAAUUGAUGAUGAUACCUGGGAAAAAAUAGUUUCUGGAGAGAAAAGAAUUGAGAUAAAAUUCGACACAGAGAUAGAUGGAGGAGACACUAAUUUGUAUGUAUCCAGGCAUCCUCUCAUAUACCCAAGCUGUCACCAGCAUGAAUGGUCUUCUCAUGAUGUGAGGUCUAAAGUUUUGAUUCUUAGCUCUAAGGAUAAGAACUUGGGGGUUGGAGCCUACAGCAUUGGUGUGUGUGGCUUCAAGGACACAACAAAGUUCCGUCUAUUGGUAACAAUUGAGGAUAAUAGUGGCCGUAAAGUGGGUCAACAAGCAACAUCAUCUUCAUCCUCUAUUGAUAUGGAUGCCAUGAAGUGUAGGAACUGCAACCGCUUUAUACCCAGCCAGAGUAUUGUGUUGCAUGAAGCCUAUUGUAGUAGACAUAGUGUGGUCUGUCAGCAUGCUAGUUGUGGGGUUGUACUGAGAAUUGAGGAGGCCAAAACCCAUGUUCAUUGUGAAAAAUGUGGGGAAGGUCUUCAGCAGGGAGAAAUGGAGAAGCACUUGAAGGUCUUUCAUGAGCCACAUACUUGCCUCUGUGGAAUAGUCCUUGAUAAUGCUGCAAUGGUACAACACAAAGCCUCAGGUUGUCCUCUACGGUUAAUUACCUGCCAGUUUUGUGGGGAUAUGGUCCAAGCAGGAAGCUCACCUAUUGAUGCCCGCGACAGACUAAGAGGACUAUCUGAGCACGAGAGCAUAUGUGGAUCGAGGACAGCUCCAUGUGAUUCUUGUGGGCGUGCUGUUAUGUUGAAGGACAUGGAUAUUCACCAAAUCGCAGUUCAUCAAAAGAGCUAAACUUGUGUACCCAAAUCCCAAGUUUCCUCAUAUUUGAAUGGCUGGCAUGUGUGCUUCAUAGUACAGCUUAUACAAAGAAAAGAAUUUAUGCAGCUGUGAACACAUUCAUGUAUGAAGCACAGCGCCUGACUUGCCUGUAUUUUGGCGAUUACUGUUGUAUCACAAGUAAGUAAUUGAUUGCUGGGGCAUGCUAAAUGCAACAUAGAAAUAAUAUCAUGUGAGUUAUAAUGUUGCAUAUGAUGUAUUCUUCUUCAUUUUUUUUUU